UUUAUUUUAAUAUCCGGUUAGGGUGAAAAUACUGCAGACGACGCGACCUGAUUGUAAAUGCAUGAUAAUGGAGCACAACCCUCUCUUUGGUCCGCCACAACUACAAAGAGUUAUCAUGCCUAUGCCGCCAUCAUCGCCAUUACAGAGUUGUCCAAAAUUGGAUCACAUUUCACACAGGGAAUGUGCUGUGGAGGAUGAUACAAAAGUUGGGAUAACCACAUCUACUGUUUCUCAGAAUGAAGAGGUACAAAAGCACGAUCAAAGUUUUGUUUCAGAAAAAGUGCUACCUGUCGUAUCAAUGGGAUCUAGUCCAAUUAAGCCCCAAUCCAGUCUGGACAUGGAAGGUGCUAUGGUUGACAAAGCAAUUGAAAAUGUGCUAACUUUACCUCAAGAAUUUCAGGAAGUUAUGUCAAUGCAAAAGUUGCAGAACAAUGAAAUAGCAAAGUUUGAAAAGUGUUUAUCAUCGAUUCUGGAACAGGAAAAAAUAGCUGCAAACAACAAUGAAGCCAUUUUACAGGACAUUUCUUCAAUUGAUCGAAAGAUUUAUUUUACAAAAGAAUCUUUUGCUGAAAAACUGAAUAUGUGUUCCAAACUUACUAAAGAUAUUGAAGAGUUAAUAACUGAGGUUGAGCAACUGAAUCAAAAGAUGAAAAAAUCAAAAGGCAGCUUAGAUGAGGAGUUGAAGAUAAUACACAGUUAUGAGGAUAAGAUGAAACAUUACAAAAUAAAAUCACAAAAUUUUGAGGCCUCGUCAGAUCUUCAGGGAGAGUCAUUGGAAAUACAGGAACGUUUAAACCAACUACAAACAGAAAGAAACCAGUCAUCACUGGAGACAGCGUGCCAAGAAACGUUUAAUGAAUUUAAAGAAAAGUUUGAAAACCAAAUAAAAGAAAAUAAGAAACUAAUUUCAGAAAAUGAAAGGCAGAUUGCAGAUAAGUACUCCCAAAUUUCACAUGAGAAGAAGAAGCAGGAGAAUAUGAGCAAGAGCCUUCAAGUUCUUGAAAAAAGGAAUGCUGCGCAGUUACUUCGAAUAAGGAAGCAAGUUUCGGAAGCACAGAUGAGAAAUCGUACAUGGAAUAGUCAAAUACAACAACUUCAGCAAAAUAUAUUGGUGUUACAUGAAAAAAUUCAGAGUAGUACUGUGAAUCUACAAUAGAGUUGUUGGUGAUGACGUCAGAUUUGGCUGCCGCAGCGGGGACGGAUGCGUUAGUUGAGGUAGUGAUGACGCUGGAGGUUGUACACAGAGACGGUAGCUUCAGGCUGUCUAAAGUCAAAGAACGGGUGCCUAUCCCCAUAGA